AUGGGAGGCUUUCGGGUGGCACUGGAUCGAUUGGGUGGUCGCUGUGUGUUUGCCAGCGAACUGGAUCGCUUCUGCAUUGCCAAUUACCAAGUCAAUUUUGGCGGAGAUCGACCUGCUGGAGACAUUACACGCAUCCAAUCGGAUUGGAUUCCCUCUCAUGAUCUGUUGGUGGGUGGCUUUCCCUGUCAGCCAUUUUCCAGCAGUGGCAAGCAACGGGGCCUGCAAGAUCCCAGGGGACAAUUGUUUCGAGAAAUUGUUCGUAUCUUGCAAGACAAACAACCCAAGGCAUUCCUGUUGGAAAAUGUCCGAGGAUUGUAUUUGCACAAUCAAGGAAAGACAUAUCAGUUGCUCCAAGAAGAGCUGGAAGAUUGUGGCUAUGUGGUCAAGUCACAGCUACUGGAUGCUGUCAAUCUACUUCCCCAAGAACGAUGUCGUCU